GGCCAUCACAGUAGGGAGAAUAGUCUCAAAUGAUGGACGUUCGUUUCAGCGCCACGAGUUUCUUGGUGCAGGCAAGAACCAUGGCCUGAUAUGGCUGUGGUGCUGUCGCCCUUGGGGCCUGGCGUGUCUGUAGGAAAACUCCCAAUCUUGUCUUCGGGCGAGUCGGUUGGCAAGGUGCAGGAGCAAACCCGGGUGUAUUGCGAGAGCGGCUUCGUGGGUUUGGCAAUUGAUGAUGCUGCAUGUCCAGGGCGUGAAGCAGACAUCAAACCUGACCUGCAUUGGCUGCUUGUGACAAAAUCAGACGGAAGCUUUGAACUGCAACCUGUUAGCGCCUGGUACACGUUUGAUCGCCCAACACCAGAUCUGGAGGAGAACGAUGAAGGUCCAGGCCACGAAAUUGAGAAGAGUGCCCGAAACCUGGCCAAAAACUUUUUGCAUUCUCACAUGGGAGAGGAAGGUAUCAAGAGGGAUGCUCAGUUGCGUCGACAACUUGAACGCCGCUGGGAGAACAUGCUGGAGCGCCGAGCAAUCCGCACAGGAAAUUGGAUGGACUCUUCAGGAAAGAUACGCAUGCAGAUCCAGAGUGACUUCCGAUUCUCUGGCGAUGGUGUCAUUCCAGAGGUUCUCAACAUGUUGAAAAGCAUUAAAGGGGUGGAUACGAUGCAGUGCCUGAAAGAACUGGAAGCCUUGGAGAGAAUGCCCUGGCACAAGAAGGCACAGCUGCACCAUGAUGUUCGACGGCAUCCUGAGCAGUUUCAGGAAGCAGUGGCUGCCCUGGAUCUGAAUGCCCUGGACGUGAAUGAUGGUAGCUUUUUGUCUGGUGUGGCGAGUAAUGAUACCCGUCGGGCAGAAGCUCUCCAGAGAAAAGCGAGGCAGAAGAAGGCAAAAGCUCGGAAGCAAGUCGAGGAUGUAGAAGAAGUUCCAGAGACUGCCAAUACGCUAAAGCAGCUGAAGUCAGCAAAAGGCGAAGGUCUUUGGGACUUCGAGGACGCAGAAGAGUUCUCAGAUGACGAGCAGGAGGAGGAAGACCGAAAUGACCGAGCUGAAGACACAGACACGCGGGUCCUAGCUCCUGAGGAGAUUUGGGAAAGCGAGAGUGAAGACGAUGGGGGCAUUUUGAGCAAGCAGGGCCAGGAAAUGGAGGAGCUGCUUAAGAAACACAACCGUCCAGGUGAUGCAGAUAAUGCUUCUGAGGAUGACGAGGCUGUGUCUGAGGCCCCCAAGGCCAAAGCCGCCAAAGCUAAGGCGAAGGCAGUCCGAGGUAAGACAAAGAUGAAGGGUGGUGAGGCUGCAGGUGACAAGGUCACUGAGACCAACGCCACAUUUCAGAAAGCGGAAGUGCUUGCACAGCAAAGACCUGAGCUCGUGGUUCCUAUCAGCGCAACAAAGGAACCUCCCGCUGGAGAUGAGAGCAGCAACGCAACAAGCGUAAGGACAGACAGCAGGACAACCCGAGCAGACCAAACUGAGAGCAAGGCAGUUCAGAAGGUGCAAGACACAGAUGAUCUCAGGCUCAAGGCCAUAACCUUGCUUCAAAAGAAAGGCGGCUCGAGCUACCUGGGCAUCGUCUCAGCAGCGCUUGGAUUGAAAAGUCUGGACACCACCUUUGGGCAAAAAGCUUUAGCAGUCUUGAAGGAGGUGGCAGAAUACGAGAAAAUGCCGGGGGAGGCAAGGGUUGCAGUGCUCCUGAAAGUAGAGCACUGGGGCCAUGUUGCCAAAGGUCCUGCAGCACCACCAGAAAUGGCUGGGAAAAGGCGACCUUGGUGCUACGUCGAUCCGUCUGGAAAUGCAGUGAAGGAUAGAGCAAGUGCACAGCAGGUGAUGACCCACAGUCAGGAGUUCUACCGGACACGUCUCUUUACCAACGUGAAUGCGUCUUGUUGGCUUCCCGCUUCUAAAGCUCCUUUGCAGGCCGAUUUCGAGGUGCUGAGGGGUUGCUUUGGGAAACCAUGGAAGUGAACGAAAACCAACACCCGAGUAAUCUGCCCACUGCUGGUUCUCAAUUGUCUUGCUUUAGUCAACCAAACCAAACGAAGAGUCUUGUGACAUCUUUUCACUUUCCGUUUUGCCUUUUCUACCGCAUUUUUGGCCUUCGCGAGCAUGAACUGGCUCCUGAUUGACCGGCCUUUCAUAAAGCACACCGUUGGCAGACUGACUGGGAGCAAAUCAGCAUCUCUGCCUAAUGAUGAGCCUCACAUCUGGGCUACAGCAGCAAGCAUGCCAUGCAUUUAGCUCCUGUUUCGAAAAGUGCCAGCAAAUGAGCGAGUGGCAAGUUUCACUUCAACAGAGGCUUGCUUGCACUUUACUUGUUGCCAUUCUUUUGCUCCAAAUAGUUUAACUAGUUGACUGGAGUCAAUGACGGCCAACGCUUUUGCAGCUCUUUGGCUACCGGGCUACCUGGUUGCCCGCAGAUUGAGUC